GCGGGAGCCCUGCCGCUCCUUAUCAUGGGGACAAUUUAUCUCUUUAGAAAACCACAAAGAUCCUUUUUUGGCAAGUUAUUGCAGGAAUUUAGACUUGUAGCAGCUGAUCGAAGGAGUAUGAAUCACAGCAACUUGAAUGGACCCAGAGAAGUUUAUCAGAAUUGUACAAAUAAGAAUACUUUUCUUUUUCACAGUCCUGGAAGAUACUGCUCUUUGGUGCAAUAAACUUAACAUGUACUGGCUUCCUGCUAAUGUGGUGCAGUUCCACUAAUAGUAUAGCUUUAACUGCCUAUACUUACCUGACUAUUUUUGAUCUUUUUAGUUUAAUGACAUGUUUAAUAAGUUACUGGGUAAUGAUGAGGAAACCUAGCCCUGCCUAUUCAUUUGGAUUUGAAAGAUUAGAAGUCCUGGCUGUAUUUGCCUCCACAGUCUUGGCACAAUUGGGAGCUCUCUUUAUAUUAAAAGAAAGUGCAGAACGCUUUUUGGAGCAGCCCGAGAUACACACGGGAAGAUUAUUAGUUGGUACUUUUGUGGCUCUUUCUUUCAACCUGUUCACGAUGCUUUCUAUUCGGAAUAAACCUUUUGCUUAUGUUUCUGAAGCUGCUAGCACAAGUUGGCUUCAAGAGCAUGUUGCAGAUCUUAGUCGAAGCUUGUGUGGAAUUAUUCCGGGACUUAGCAGUAUCUUCCUUCCCCGAAUGAAUCCAUUUGUUUUGAUUGAUCUUGCCGGAGCAUUUGCUCUUUGUAUUACUUAUAUGCUAAUUGAAAUUAAUAAUUAUUUUGCUGUAGACACUGCGUCAGCCAUAGCCAUUGCUCUAAUGACGUUUGGCACCAUGUAUCCCAUGAGUGUGUACAGUGGGAAAGUAUUACUCCAGACUACACCACCCCAUGUUAUUGGUCAGUUGGACAAACUUAUCAGAGAGGUAUCUACCUUGGAUGGAGUUUUGGAAGUCCGAAAUGAGCAUUUUUGGACCCUAGGUUUUGGCUCAUUGGCUGGAUCAGUUCAUGUGAGAAUUCGACGAGAUGCAAAUGAACAAAUGGUUCUUGCUCAUGUGACCAACAGGCUGUACACACUAGUAUCUACUCUGACUGUUCAGAUUUUCAAGGAUGAUUGGAUCAGGCCUGCCUUGCUGUCUGGGCCUGUUGCAGCCAAUGUCCUAAACUUUUCAGAUCAUCACAUAAUCCCAAUGCCUCCUUUAAAGAGUGAUGAUUCAAACCCUGUCACAUCGACUCCAGCUAAACCUAGCAGUCCACCUCCAGAAUUUUCCUUUAACACCCCUGGAAAACAUGUGAGCCCAGUUAUUCUUCUAAAUACACAAAGACCUUAUGGCUUAGGUCUUAAUCAUGGACACACACCUUAUAGCAGCAUGCUUAACCAAGGACUUGGAGUUCCAGGAAUUGGAGCAACCCAAGGAUUCAGGACUGGUUUUACAAAUAUACCAAGUAAAUAUGGAACUAACAAUAGAAUUGGACAACCAAGACCAUGAUGUACUGUAAUUUAAUUUAUUUUUAUGAGGAAUAUGGACUCCUGGACUUUCAGUUUAUUUCGUAAUCCAACUUUGCAUCGACUGUUCAAUCAUUUGCUGUAAAUGUUAGAAAAUAGUAGGUUUGUUCACAUUUCAUGAAACCGAUGAAACUAUAUUUUUGUAAGAUGUAUUUGGGGCAGUGAGAACCUUCUAAAUGUCAUAGGCUUUAAAUAGGCUCCCUUUAGAAAGCGUGUUUCUCUAAAUUAGAAUUUUGCUAUCUUUGGUUUUGUAGUUGACUGCAGUGUGAUAUAACAUUACCUUUAAAAGAGAGCCACUUGAUGGAGUGGAUCUGUCACAUUAUUAAAAAUAUAAUACUUUCUUCAGUGAAAUUUA